CAGAAUAGACACCCAUAUAUGCAUGUCAUCAGUAGGAUCCUUUUAUCGAUUCACAUCGACCCAUAUAUCUCACGUUUUCUUAUCCUUCCUUUCAUCUCAUCCCCUUUCGUUUGGUCUCCAAUCCCAUUGUUCUUAAUUUCUCCGAAUUGCAGUGUCAUUCUUAGAAUUUCCUCACUUUACGGCAAAAUUUUCGAGGCCAGUUUUGUUUCAAGACGACUUGUUAAGGUCGGAGAGGAAUUCGCUAGUCCAGUAAGGGCUGGCUUCGUUUAUUCAAACACGGCUCUAAGAAAGGAAGAAGGUUGCAUUAACACUAGAUGGGGCAAAGAAUGUGUGCAGGCCUGUCCUAAGUUCUUGAUUGCGUCUCCUACGUUUCACGGUGGUCGUGGUGCCCUACCUUCAGCUGGUGGGCAUCCGGCAGAUCUCACCUUCCUUGCUGGUGGCGGGUGCUAAAAGUCACACCCAAUUGAUCUAACUUUCCCUGCUCAUAGAGGGUGCUAAUUGCUACAUUGAAUAGGUUUCUUUUGGUUUUUGUACUGGUUAGUUUGCACGCUAUAUAUACAAUCAUGGUUACAGUUAAGCAGGUUGAAGAUGACAAUUUGGUUUCAAAAGGUGCAAUCCCUGAGCAAUUGAAGUGUCCUCGGUUCUGUUUUCGAGAUAUCAGGAUUCCUCUUUAUCGCUUCAGUAGCCAAUCUCUUUUGGAUGAUAGUCCAUUUGAAGGACACGUAUGCAUUCCAGAAGACGAACAAAGUGCACUAGAUUCUCUUCUUCUUGCUCAGUGGGAAGAUAAAAUGUGGAAAGGCGUUCUCAGAUAUGAUGUGACAACCUCUGAAAUUAAGGUGAUUUUUGGCAGGAGAAAGUUUAUUGCCCAGUUGAAUGAAAGACUGGGUAUGGAUUAUGUGCCCAAACCUGAGCCAGAUAAAAUUUGUGGUCAAGGGAAUCUCUCUGAGUUUCAAUGGACAAAACAUCAAGAGGAGUUUCUCUUUUAUGUUGCAAGUGGUGAAAUGGCAAUACCUGAGCUUAUUCCUUCUGCUGCUAUGCCUGAUGGGGCUGUCUUGAUUAUUAUUAAUGAAAUCCCUGUGGAAUACGGCCAUGUCUUCCUGGUGCCUUGUGGCUCAGAUAGUUUGGCCCAGGUCCUAGAUACAAAAUCUUUGGAAAUGGUUGCAAGGUUUGCAGUUGAAAUCAAUAAUUGCUCCUUUCGCUUGUUCUAUGACUGUCCUACAGCUGGUACUUCUCAUCGAUAUUUUGAGGCCUGCUACUUUCCAAGCCCUUUACCUGUGGAGCUGACACCUGUUGAUACUUUUUUCCAUGAGGGGAGGAGGGGGAUGCGUAUCUCUGCCGUUACAGAUUUCCCCAUUAAGACCCUAUUGUUUGAGAGUAACAAAAAAUUUAAGAGAAUGGUGGAGGUUCUUGUUGAGAUAUGUUGUCAAUUACAGGAGAAGAGCAUUCCAUAUAAUUUGCUGAUAUCCGAUUGUGGUAAAAAGAUCUUUUUGUUUCUUCAGAUGCAAAAUAUGGCAAACUCUGGGACCCUAUCAGCUUGGGAGUGCGGAGGUUAUUUUUUGUUUCAAUCAAGGUCUGAAUUUGAUCAAGCCACUGAGGAGACUAUGCUUAAUAAGCUACGUGAUGUCUCUCUUGAUGAUGAAGGCUUUCAAGUAGUGAAGGAGCUCUGUUGCAGUAUUGCUGAUAAGUUUGCCGCUUGAAUUUGCACCUUUGCUGAACAUGCGGCACAAUAGAUGUCCAUUUGACUUCUGUUGAUACUUUAUGGUUAACACGAUCUUGUUUUCAAACAUUCUUGUGCUCUUGCAAUGUUGUGGAUUAGUUUGUUACUUGAAUUUGGGACCUUUGAUGAAUGUAAUGCAUGAGUAUUUGUUGAUUCUUUAUGGUUAAUGUGAUUCUAUCUUUCAAACA